AACACUCCGCGCUAAAUACGGUACAGUCGUGGAAUUGAAUGAGGGGUAGCGGAUGGCUAUUAAAUUAAAUACUUGGUGGUGAACUGUGUUUAUGGCGUCUUUGUCUUGUACUUACCUCUGUUCGCCAGAUAUCCAACCAUGAGUCCCAUCAAAGUCGGUGUCGUAGGCUACGGAUUCGCUGCUAAGUCUUUCCAUCUGCCCUUCAUCUCUGCCCUUCCCGAUUACGAGGUUGUAGCUGUUCUUCAGAGAGCGGAGGUACCGAAAGAUCUUGCGUCUGCGCCAAAAGGCUCCCACUGCACCGUCGACCUGCCCAACAUCAAACACUACAGGAACGCGGAGGAUUUCUUUGCUGACUCUGAAAUCAACUUCGUUGUGGUUGCAACGCACACUGAUACUCACGCUUCGUUCGCGACGCAAGCGUUGAAGGCGGGGAAACACGUCAUCGUCGACAAGCCAUUUGCGAGAUCUGUCGAGGAGGCGGAUGAGGUUAUCAAACUUGCCAAGCAGACAGGAUUGAUCCUCACUUGCUUCCAAAACAGGAGAUAUGAUGGCGAUUUUAUGACAGUGAGGGAGCUUGUGAAGAAGAGUGUUUUCGGAGACAUGACCGAAGCGGAAAUCCACUACGACUUUGACCGGCCUUCCUGGCUGCACUAUCUGUCCGCUAAGGAGUACGUACCCGGCUCUGGACUCACCUAUGGUUUGGGAACGCACAGCCUGGAUCAAGCCUACACUUUGUUCGGAUGCCCAGCAUCAGUCACAGCGUUCUUCCGUGUACAGCGAGGUAUUGAAAGCGAGAACGAGGACUCGUUCACCGUCAUACUCCAAUAUGGCGGACCACAGAAGAACUUGCUAGUGACUGUCAAGACCUCCGUAGUGUCGCCCAUGGAGAAGCAGCUCAAGUUCUGGCUACGGGGCACGAAAGGCUCGUUCGUGAAGUACCAGCAGCGCAGCACAUGCCCUCAGGAGGAACAGAUUGAGCGCGGUGCGCAGCCUCUCGAUCCAGAUUUUGGUCUGGAGUCAGAAAAGCUUCUCGGUACUCUCACGACGUACGAAGAGUUCGACAGCAGCUUGCAGACUUUCGAUAAGGAGUCGCAGAGAUAUGUGGGGAGAUAUCCUGCCGUCAGGGGCCGCUGGAUGCAGCUUUACAAGGAUGUUGCUGAUGCUAUCAAUGGCAAGGCCGAGCUGGCCGUGAAGGCAGAUGAGGUGCGGGAUGUACUGAGGAUAAUUGAGCUGGCCAGAGAGUCUCACGAGAAGGGCGCUACCGUAGCAUGGCGAUGA